AUGGCUAAUCAAGAGAUAAGCAGACCGUACGCAUCUAGUCCACAAGAAUGGAAGCCCCUUCAGGAGAUAGUUGCUUCUGUCAAUUGUGACUCUCGAGAUAAGCUUAUUGCAUUUAUACACAAAAUAUCGCAAAUCGAGUCAGGAGACGGCGAUCGAAGAAAAUCAUUCAUGUUGAAUUACUUAAUACCACAACGCCAACAAUUUCUCAAGCUUCAGUCGCUUGUUAAAUGGUCUGAGCAUGCCGAUAUUAUUAAAAAUUGUGAA